GUUUCCGCGUGACGUCAUCGGCAGCCGACAGUUGCUAAGCCGCGCACGCGCGCCCGUUUGUCAACAAUCGGAGGGAGCUCCUUUUCGUCAGCCGUCGUUCGAGUCGGAGCUCGGCCGAGCGGGUAAGCCGAGGUCAGGAACGGGCGCGGUGUCGCCAUGGCGGCGGCCGCCGGCACCACCAAGAUCUCCUGGCGACUGCAGGAGUUUGAGGCUCACGCCGGGCGCGUUUGCUGCGCCUCUCUGGGCAAAGGGACGGGGCGCCUCCUGGCGAGCGCGGGCGAGGAUUGCAAAGUCAACAUCUGGUCCGUCAGCAAGGCCAACUGCAUCAUGAGUCUGCGCGGCCACCGGACGGCGGUGGAGUGCGUCCACUUCAGCGCGUCCGAGGAGCAACUGGCCACCGGCUCGCAGUCGGGAGCCAUCCUGGUGUGGGACCUGGAGGCCGCCAAGAUGUUGCGAACCCUUCCGGGACACAAAUCCAGCAUCACCAGUUUCGCUUUCCAUCCCUUUGGAGACUUUUUGGUGUCCGGCUCCACCGACACCAACAUCAAGAUGUGGGAUGUGCGGAGGAAAGGCCCCAUCUACAGGUACAAGGGUCACGCGGCGGCCGUCCGCAGUUUGGCCUUCAGCCCGGACGGCAAGUGGCUGGCGUCGGCCGGCGACGACUCCACGGUCAAGCUGUGGGACCUGAAGCAGGCCAAGACCCUGGCGGAGUUCACGGCCCACACGGCCGCCGUCGGCGCCGUUCAAUUUCACCCCAACGAGUACCUGCUGGCCUCCGGCGGCGCAGACAGGUGGCUGAGGCUGUGGGAUCUGGAGAAGUUCUGCCAGGUGGGGGCGCUGCAGGACACGGGCGCCAUCAGGUGCCUGACGUUCAGCGCCGACGGCGGCUGCCUGUUCAGCGGGCGCGCCGACGUCCUGGGCGUGUGCGCGUGGGAACCCGAGCGCUGGCUGGACACGGUGACGGUGGGCUGGGGGCGGGUCGCCGACCUGGCGCUCUGCAACCAGCAGCUGAUCGGCGCGUCUCACCAGCUGAGCGGCGUGUCCACCUACGUGGUGGACCUGAAGCGCGUCAAGAGGAGCUCCGCCUUUGAGACCGGCGACGACGACGACGUCGCCGCGGCCGCCCCGGGAAGGCUUCGGCGGCGCCCGAAGAGGCGGAGUCCCGAAGGCGAGCGGCGCAGCCCCAGCGAAGACGAGGCGGACGAGAAGGUUUCCUCGGCCGAAAUCCACAACGCGCAAGACUACCGGGAAAUCUUCCGGCCCCGCAACGCCAUAUCCGGCGAGCCGCCCCCCCCGCCGCCCCAAAUCUUCCCGGUCGACAGGAACGAGCCCACCGGCCUGGACUUGGCCCGCUUCCUGUCGGGCCGCCGCGGCGGAGUCCUGAGCGAGGACGACGUUUUGACGCACAUCCAAAACGGCCACGCCACCAUGCGCGUCAUGCUCAGCAACCGACGCAAGAACCUGCAAACGGUCAGGGACGCGUGGGCCCGCCACGGCAUCAAGAGCGCCCUGGACGCCGCCGUGGCCAUGAACGACCUCUCCAUCGUCGUGGACGUCGUCAACAUCAUCAAUAUGCAGCCGUCGCUCUGGACUCUGGACGUGUGCGCAACCAGUCUUCCUCAUAUCGACACGCUGCUGCAGAGUAAAUACGAAAGUUACAUGCAGUGCGGCUGCGCAUCCCUGAAGAUCAUCAUGAAAUAUUUCUGGCCGCUCAUCUGGGAAACGCUGCGGGCGGGGCCGUCGGUGGGCGUGGACGUCACGCGGGAGGAACGGCAGCAGAAGUGCCGCGUGUGCCACAAGCAUCUGCAGAACAUCAACAACGCGGUGAAGAGCAAAGCCGCGCAGGCGGGGCGGCACGGCUCCGCCUUCGGGGAACUCCGGAUGCUCAUGGCGCAGCUCGACCAGCACCUGUGAACGCCCGCCGGACAAAUUCGGGUCCCGCUCACGUCGGAAUUUGGGGCGUCGUUCCCAAAACGUCCACUGAAAACGGGCGACCGCCCGACAAAUCGACGGGAGCCGCCUCGGUGAGCCCGUGCGGAAAUCAGGAAAUGAGCGCUGCGUCCGGAUCCCCCCGAUUGGCGACGACUGCCGACGAAUCGCCUUUGCGGUCGUCCAACGGAGAGCCGGAGGCGGGCUCUUUGACGGCACGGUGCGUGCGGUGGCCGCUUUCGUCAAAACGCCGAUUCCCGAUGUCAUCGUUGCGCUGCGAUGAUGUCGGCCGGCCGCAUACUUUGAAACGCUUACAUUUUGAAAACAAAACCAAUAAAAAUGCUCUUGACUAGG